CCGUGGAUCCACUUCGGCUGUGCACGCCGGCAGCAGCGCACGGCGCUCCAUCCGAUUCACACAGCGGAGAAAUGCAGCGCAAAGAACCGGACCGGCCAGACAAAUAUCCGACGGAGCGCAUGGAUGCAUGAAGCAUGUAGAAGUCGAAGGACGGGCCAGGAUGGAAUGCUCCUGGAAGACAGUACUUCUGCUGGUGUGUGCAUCUCUGGGGGUCCAGUACACUGCGAUCCGGACCCUGAGGGACUUGUCCGGUCCCUGCCAGGGAUCCUACCGCUGCCAAAUGAGACACCACAGGGACUCCAGGUGGAGAUCCUCGUGCGGUGACAGCUGGCUGCAUAUGGAGUUGUCUCGGAAGCACGUCCUGCUGUUCGCAACCACACGCAGCGGCUCCUCCUUCACUGGGCAGCUCCUAAACCAGCACCCGGGCAUCUUCUACGUGUUUGAACCUCUGUUUCAUGUCCAGCAAGCUUUUACUAACUCCAGCAGCAGGCUGCGUCGGUCCUUGGACCGCCGGACCCUGCUGGGAGCGUACAGAGACCUCCUCCUCAAUCUCUACACAUGUGACCUUCACUUUAUGGAGAAUUACAUCCGUCCUGAGCCCCAGGAACACAUUACAGGUUUCUUUUUCCGCCGGAGCUCCAGCCAUGCCCUUUGUUCCCCUCCUGUGUGCUCAGAUAGAGAUGAUGGCACAACGUCUGAUCAACCUGAUGAAACCUGGUGCUCCAAGAAAUGUGGCGCCCUAAACCUCACGCUCGCCUCUACCUCUUGUCUUUCAAGGGGACAUGUAGCCAUAAAAACUGUACGCAUCCCUGAGGUGGGGGAUCUCCGCACACUGACUGAAGACCCACGUCUGGACUUGAAGAUCAUUCACCUGGUGAGAGAUCCCAGAGCAAUCCUCGCCUCACGCAUGAUGGCGUUUUCAGAUCAGUUUCGUGCUUGGAAAAUGUGGAAUGCUACAGGACGGCAACCGCGGUACGUGGAUCUGUCCCAGAUCACCAGCACCUGUAAGGACAUGGAGGCAUCAGCAGAAACAGGCCUGCAGGCGCCAGCGUGGCUGCGGGGUCGCUACCUGCUGGUGCGCUAUGAGGACUUGGCAUUCAACCCAAAGGAGAAGGCCAGUGAGAUCUACAGGUUUUUGGGGCUGGAGAUGGAGGACAGCGUGCAGAGGUGGAUUGUGAAAAACACCAAUAGUAAUGAGUCUACUUCAGAAUGGCACUACAGGUAUUCCACCACCAGAGACUCCAGAGCCACAGCAGAGAGCUGGAGGCUUCGUCUGGCCUUUGAAAUUGUGAGAAAUGUGCAGAAUCUGUGCAAAAGCACGCUGGCUCUCCUGGGCUACAGACAAGUGCAGUCUGCAGCUGAGCUCAGAAACCUAUCUCAUAGUCUGGUGGAACCCAGAUCCUUUCAACCAGUCAUACAAUAGAUUUAGGAGAGCAUUAAUGUUGUCAUUUUAAAAAUGGGGAAAAACUCUGUGGUAUUUAUUUAUUUAUUUU